AUGGCGGAAGUAAACACAAGAUUUUUGUCUCUGGUAACCAAUUGUUUUCAAAAAGACAUCACAAAACCCGAAGACGAUUUAACUGUGUUGGUACAUUGGCUGCUACUGCAGAAUAACUUCCAGGUUCUUCAUUUUGGAAACGAGAAUGUAAUGGACCGAGACGAGCGACCUUCUGAUAUUUUGCCGGAAAAUUGGUCACGAGGAGAAUCGUAUAAGCUUCGUUAUACUCGCGAGAACAAAUUGUUUAUUUUAAACGGUGUCAAAGCGGGAGACGGUGUUAUCUAUAACUUGUAUGAUGUGGCGAAUAAUCAAGUAUCGAGUGCCGCAGUUGGAAAUAUCGAUAAGACUGUGAGCUGUCUCAAAGAUUUCAAAAACAACAGAGAAGAUUUCUCCAACAUUGUCAGUUUGCUGAAAAAUGAUUUAAUAGAUCCAAUGUACAAAGCAAACGACGAUACACGUGCGGUAAGCACUCAAACUCAUCCACAACACAAAGAAUCUGAAUCGGCUCUACUCGUUUCGAGGUCGUCGUCGUUUGGGUUCGACCGCAGGGAUCCAUUUCCGACGUACGGCUUGCCAGACAUAGAUCCCUUAGGUGGUUUGCGUGGACCAGGCGAAGGGAUGAUCUUCGAUCCUACAGGAAACGGCAGAGCAGGAAUAUUCCCUAGGAUUUAUCCUAGUACACGAUUCGAUCCUGAGCAGCCGCCAGAUGCUGACCCUUUUGGCAAUACAACCUCAAAUCCCGAUCACACGUGA